AUGCCUCCGCAAUCUCCAGCUGGGAAAUGCACGCUGGACGGCUCGUCCAAACCCCCCCAAACUCCACAGAAAACCGAUAAACCGGCCCGUACUAAAGCAUCUAUUAUCGGCAGCGACUCCUGGACUAGCGCUCGCGAAUACAAACCAGGCGCCGGCGAGCCUCUCAACCCCAAAAAGGAUGAGCGACAUUUUCUUUACCAGCGUGCUGUCGAUUUCAAUGACAAAACGGACUGGCAUGCCGUCGUUGCCACUGCAUCCCGUCUUAGGAAUGGAAAGAACUGUAGCAUAAGACGACGAUUUUCUAUUGGCAUAUUCAAUAUGGUUAAAAGGAUUGUCUUUGAAGAUGGUGUUAGCUGGGUUAUUAGGCUGAGGAUGCCAUCGUUGGGGGGUAUGCUGGGCAGAAAAGAGCGAUUGCCACCUGGACAAGCUUUGGGCAUGGAGGUUGCCGCGAUGAUAUUCUUCAAGACCAAAACUUCCAUCCCUGUUCCAAAGUUAUACCAUUACGAUCUCGAUCCAAAUAAUGACAUUGGCGCACCAUAUAUGAUGAUGGAGUAUAUCCACGACAUGGGGAAAGGGCCCUGGACUACAACGACGGACUAUUAUCGAGAUUUCUCGAAUCAUUGCAUGGAAACGACUGCUAUGGCGGAUGCUAGGUUAGCCAGUGAAGAUUCUUUCAUCAAUCCGGUGCUUUUCAAUUAUGUCUUACACACUGUGGAGGACCCAAAGAGGAGAAAUGGGCCGUUCUACCUGACUAAUUACGACUUUGGUCCUCAUAACGUCCUGGUGAACGAGAAAUUUGAGAUUCUAGCCGUCAUUGACUUUGACAGUGUAAUCGCCGCCCCUCUUGAAGUUGCAGCCCAGCUUCCAUUCAUGGCCUAUCUUGACCUUGGACCACCACCUGGACUGGCUGAUUCUGCAUCUGAGGGCUCGUCGUCCGCAAAAACAAGUUUCCUAGAAUAUAAACGGAUGAUCAAAACUGCCGAGGACAAGCUGAAUGACGGAAGGGGGAGGGACGGCCUCUUGAGUGAUGCAGUUUUUAGCAAGGCAGCGAUAUUAUUUGGCGGGAUUGCUGCAUGUGGAUGCCACUCGUCGUCAGUCAACAGUUCGUGGCUGAGGACUUAUAUCAGCGUGAUUCGGAAUGAUGUUAUCUCUGCUAUCUCACCGACAGAGAAUCCCAGUUAG